AUGGGAGAAGAAUACAUACGAUGCUGUGUUAGACAGUUCUGGAUGGAUGUUGUAGUCUCCUCAGGCCUGGUUGUAUUUGCGGGCCUCACAUCUGGGCUUAGUCUGGGGCUCUUAUCACACAGCAAGGUCGAUCUUGAAGUCCUUGUGAAGGCUGGCUUGCCCAAAGAUCGGAAGAAUGCUGCUAAGGUUCUUCCCCUUGUCAAGAAUGAAUGCUUCCUCUUAUGUACGCUGCUCAUUGCCAAAUCCCUUGCUACCGAGGCUCUUCCCCUUUUCCUGGAUAGAAUUCUUCCAUUCUGGUUUGCCAUUCUGGUUUCAAUCAUUCUUGUGGUGGCUUUUGUAGAGGUCAUUCCUCAAGCUGUGUGCACAAGGCAUGGUUUGGGUUUCGGCGCAAAGUUGGCUCUUUUUGUUCGGUUGCUGCUCUUAAUAUUAAGCCCUGUAUCGUAUCCUGUCAGUAAGGUGUUAGACUGGCUUCUUGGAGAAAACCAUCCCCUAAUAUUCAGAAGAGCAGAGCUGAAGACAUUGGUGGAUUUGCACGGCGUUAAGGCCGGAAAAGGCGGAGAUCUGACAGAUGACGAAACGAAUAUCAUAAGCGGAGCAUUAGGCAUGGUGGAGAAGAAGGCUAAAGACGCCAUGACGCCAUUGUCCAAAGCCUUCUCCCUCGACAUCAACUCCAAAUUCGAUCUCCACACUAUGAAGACAAUCUCCGGCAAGGGCCACAGCCGAGUACCGAUUUAUUCGGACAAUCCAGCCAACAUCAUCGGCCUCAUUCUUGUUAAAAACUUGAUGCUGUACCAUCCAGCGGAGGAGACUCCCAUAAGAAAGCUAACGAUCAGGAGAAUCCUGAGGGUGUAUGAGAGUUGGUCGUUGUUCGAGGUGCUGAAGCUGUUUCAGGAAGGGCAUGGUCACAUGGCGGUGGUGGUAAAGUCGGAUGUGAGAGAAGGAAGUGAUAAUGAUCCACCCAGAAUCAUCAUCGAGUCGGAUUAUAAGAUAAGGGAGAGAGAGGUUCUGGAGGUGUGCAAAACUCCAUCCCGAUCUACAUCUCUGGACAUAUUGAGGGAGCACUUGCAUGGGAGCAUCUCAAAUGAGGAACUUGAGUCUCUGACGAGCAGAUUCAUAGAUGAAGAGGUGAUCGGCAUCAUUACCAUGGAAGACGUCUUGGAAGAGCUUCUGCAGGAGCAGAUCAUGGAUGAAACUGAUCAUCACGUGGAGAUGCAUGACAAAAUAAGGGUUAGGUUUCCAUCAUCGAUAUCCUCAUCUUCGGGCAAGUGGACAACGGCGGCAGCGUCCUUCUCUUCGUUGAGCUCGCCUGUGCCUUCAUACAUAUCACCAUCUUCGCCUAAACUGCAUUCUCCCAGAUCCUUGAGCACACUUCGCAGAUCUCUAUUAGUCCACCAGCUUUCCUCCAUAUCUCAGCACAUCUCCAGAAAGUCGGACCAAGCAUUUUGA